UACAAGUUCUUUUAUUUAAUAGAACUAAUUUACCAGUUUAUAUAUCUCCACAACAACGAAUUGCACAGCUUAUAUUAAAGAAAAUAGCUUAUCCGGAGGUAUAUGAAGUUCUCCAUCUUAGUUACACAGAAAGAGGUGAUAAAAGCUUCGGUUCUACUGAUAUUAUUCAACCAAAUGAAGCUUCAAAAUCACCAAUACAUUUCACAACAGAAGACAUUUUUGCCCUCUUAAUGCCAGAGAAAGACUGGCGGUUUUAGUAGAAUCACUCCAAAAUAGUUGUGAGCAGAUCCAUGCAGCGAAUACAAGCCCAGGGGCCUCUGUACCGCGAUCCAUGGAACCUACUCCCGACUAUGAGGAUGAUGAUGAUUCCGAUUUCGCUUACAUUCAAUAUCUAGCAUCUCUAUCUACACAAAUGACGCCAGUAUGGGAUGAUUAUUUUGAAUCAGAAUGGACAAAUCCUUUCGCCAGCAAAGGUGGUGGGAAGGAGGAAUUUCUUGAAUUAAUUCCAUCAAAUUGCAAAGAAUUCAUUGAGCUAAUUGCAGCCAACUGUGAAAUGGAAUAUCCUUGCCUAAGAAGACUAGUGGAAGAAGUGACACCCGCCACUGAGCAAAUUUAUUCUACCAGUACCGUGGUAUCCCCAUACCGACCACCGGUGGAUACGGCAAUGGGUCCACCAGGAUACCCUCCAACAGAUAAUAUUACAACUGGGCCUCCAAAUUUUCAACCUAUUUAUGAGCAACAACCUCCAAGGGCGAAAUUUAAGGGAGGAAUGAAUAAUGAAUUAUGGACUUUACCAUCAGCUCAGCAACAAAACGGGGCCUUAUUUGUGAUACCAGAACAAAUAAAUUUAUUUGAUGACGCUUUUUCACGAUGGGAAUCAAUCACGAAGAAUUUUGUAGCAUCCCAAGCUUUCUCAGAUUCAAAGGAGAAGAUUGAGUUCAUUGAAAAUUUAUUAGGGGAAAUUGAGAAAAUUACAUGGGUUCAGGAGGAUGACUUACUCCACUGAAUAUGAUGCCCUCAUAUCUAUUAGUGAGGGACGAGAAGGAACGCAAAAUAUUUUAUCUCAAAUGAGACGAGUUUUCAAUGCUGAAGACCCCACCCAGGGUUCCACAGAAAUCCAAAACGCUGCAUAUAGAGAUUUGGAGAAGUUAUCUUGUGAUAAUGUGAAAAACAUUAUUCAAUAUAUUAAUGACUAUAUGCGUCUUGCAGCAAAAACAGGAAGGUUAUAUGCUGGACCAGAAUUUUCAGAAAAAUUCUGGUUGAAAAUGUCUGGAGAUCUUGGCAAUAGAAUUAAGACUGCCUUUGAAGCAAAGCACCCAGGACUCACGGUUGGAGUUUUCCCACGAGUGAUUUUCGCUCAUAAAUUUCUAGAACAGAAAUGUAAAGAUGCAGCCUUUAAGAGGUCCUUGAAAGAUUUAUCAUUCUGCAGCCAAAUUCCUAUCCCAGGUUAUUACCAAAAAUCAGGAGCAAGGAAGGUUGGAGUAAGGCAGUCAAGGACGUAUAAAGGCAAACCACAUGGAUCACAUGUAAGGAUUGAAAAACGAAAGCAUUUACUCCGAAAUAAGAAGUGUAAAUGUUACUUAUGUGGCCAAGAGGGACAUUUUGCUAGGGACUGCCCGAAUGAGAAAAGAAAUGUCAAAAGAAUGGCUAUCUUUGAACAGCUAGAUCUACUAGAGGAUUGUGACAUACUUUCUGUACAAGAAGGAGAAGCACAAAGCGAUGCUAUCUAUAGUAUCUCAGAAGGAGAAGAUGACAUAUUCAAGGCAACAGGUUAAGCUCACGGAAGAAUAGUCAAACUGCCUGCACCAGUGGAAGCACACUGAAAGAAUCUUUGCUACACAAUCCCAUAUAUGUACAUGUUGUAAAAGAGCUACUAUUCAAAGAGCAAGAAUACACUGCACUGAAUGCCUUCUAACCGUAUGCAACCUGUGUGGACCAUAUUACUUCAAUAAAGAGGUACCUGUUAGCCCAGCUCCUUCAUCUCCUUUUUAUCCAAUGAACCUGAUACAGGAACAAAGAAACUAUAUAAUAUGGUGCGAAGAAGAGAUAAAACCACUAAAGGAGCAAGUUGCGUACUACAAAAGACAAUUUGAAGCCUUCAGAUGGAGUAGGAUUUUCAAAAGGAUUUUCAGGAAUUAAAUAUGCUUGUGGAAGAAGCAGUAGCGGCUACAUCCAGCCCACGGUUAGUAAAGAAUAUGUUAUACAAUCUAACCAUAGAAAUUGAGAUUCCAGGAAUCCAAAAAUUCAAGUUAAAAGCGAUUCUGGACACAGAAGCAACAACUUGCUGUGUAGAUCAAAGGUCUGUUCCUAAGGAAGCCUUAGAACGGAAUACCUUUGUGGUAAGUUUUAGUAGAAUCGAUUCUCAGCAAACUGCUAAUAUGAAGCUAAAGAAUGGGCGCAUGAUUAUCGGCGACAAUACUUUCCAUGUUCCAUAUACAUAUAGCUUUCCAAUGGUGUUAGGAGAUAACAUCCAAUUCAUUAUAGGCUGCAACUUUAUCAGGGCAAUGCAAGGAGGACUUCGAAUUGAAGGAAAUACGGUAACCUUUUAUAAAAAUUUGACUACAAUAAAUACAUUAUCGUCUGUACAUGCAGCCAUUGAGGAAUUAGAAAUGGACGAGGAUGAAUACAUACAGAUCAAAGAAAUGGUUCAUUUCUUAGUAGGAAGGAUAAGCCCAACAAAGAUGAAGAUAGCAGUAAAGGAAAUUGAAUUUCUUGGGGCAAUUAUUGGUAAUUGCAAGAUUAAACUUCAGUCACAUGUUAUCUCAAAAAUUGCUGAUUUCAACAAUAAUGAUCUCAAGACAACUAAAGGUAUGAGAUCGUGGCUUGGUUUACUAAAUUACGCCCGAAAUUAUAUCCCAAAUCUUGGAAAGCUUCUGAGCCCUCUUUAUGCUAAAACAUCACCUAACGGUGAAAAGAGAUUAAAUCAGCAGGACUGGGAUUUAAUACACCAAGUAAAAGAAAAGGUGAAACAACCCCUAGAGCUAGAAAUCCCUCCAGAAUGUUAUGUGAUCUUGGAAGUAGAUGGAUGCAUGGACGGAUGGGGAGGAAUAUGCAAAUGGAAAAAGCAGAAAUUUGAUCCCAUAUCUUCAGAAAAGAUCUGUGCGUAUUCUAGUGGAAAAUUUAACCUCCCAAAAUCUACCAUCGACGCAGAAAUUUAUGCGGUAAUGAAUACAAUGGAAGAUUUAAAAAUUUACUUUCUUGAUAAGCAGGAGCUUCUUAUCAGAACAGACUGCCAGGCCAUAAUAAGUUUUUUCGGCAAAACCUUAAAUCAUAAACCAUCCAGAGUCAGGUGGUUAGCAUUUACUGAUUACAUCACUGGAGCAGGCCCAAUAGUUCAGUUUGAACACAUUGACAUAAAAAACAAUCAGGUAACAGAUUCCCUAUCCCGACUAAUAUUUGUGUUAAUUUUGACAGAAUGGCCGGAACAAGACCUCAACAAGCUAGCCAUGGUAGCACCAGCAAUCAAAGAACUCCAGGCGCAACCCAACUUGAAGACCCAGGAAACGUUAAGCAAAGCCCUAUGGAGCCUCUCUACUUCAUUAAACAAUACCAACAGACAAUUAACAAGCGACAUGGUCGGCCCAUCCCUCUCGAUGAAUUCCAUCAAAUCACAGAAGAAUUACACGAACAGCAAACAGCAAUGCGAGCCAUUAAUGCAGUUCAACAACUCAAACUCAUCCAUUCACUAAAGCGACAAGAAUGCAACAGGAGUAGGGGACAUGAUAACUGGUGGAAUGACUGGUAUCUUGUAGUAGAACAGUGUGAUAAUCAACUUUCACAGUCAGCACAUCUUCUCCAAGAUUGCGUCUCACGAAUGAGGAAUUUUAAAGUAUAAAAGCAGCAAGCAUGAUGGACCCUGAUCUCUAUAAAGCUACUUUCUUGUGACCAGAUAAUAUUAGCUUUAUGUAAAGUAGUAGAGUGCUUUAAAAGAUUCCCUUAGAAAGGAAUCAUCUUUAUGUAAAGUAGUAGAGUGCUUUCAGUAGUGGAGUGCUUUAAAGAUUCCCUUAGAUAAGGGAGUCCUUUAGAGGUUACUUCUGAGCUAUAUCAAACGUGCCGAUGGGGCCCCAUGUGCACUCGGCGUUUGCUAUAUAAGAAUGUGAUCUCUCCUCUUACAAGGCAUCAAGCAUCCACUUGAGCCUUAUCUGAGGUGUUUCUCUGUAAGAAAUUUAACUUGAAUAUUAAGUUUCUGGUUGCCCUUUUCUCUAGUAUUCCUUUCUUCCUUCCGCCGCCUCUUUCCUUCCUACUCACCACGCACCCUCAGUAAGAAAUUUAACUUGUAUAUUAAGUUUUUAAGUUUCUGGUUCCACUUUUCUCUAGUAUUCCUUUCUUCCUUCUACCGCCUCUUUCCUUCCUACUCACUACGCACCCUCAAUUUCUAAACUCCAGAACCUAUCACUUGGUCCACCUAAACCUAAAGAAAAACCUGGAAAGCUACGGGUAUUCAAAGACCCUUACAAAAUAUUAAAAGAGGAGCAGGAAAAGAUUAAGGGAAUAUGGCAACCUCCCGAACGGAGCAGCAAGUAACCCCACUAUUUGAAGAUCAAAUAAGAAGCUACAGAAGAAAUCAACGAAGGCUUUAUAAUGCCCAACAAACAGCAAGAAGAAUCGGGCAUUCAAGCAAGGUUUAAAAUCUUGAGCCAUGCCGAAGUUUCGGUAUUUGAUUGGAACGAUAUCAUGCCGAUGUUUCAAUGCAUGGUGCCAGUAAUUGAUUAGAGUUGAAGAAGGAAGGACAUAAAACAUAAGAAUGAGACAUUGUCUCUGUCGAGUAUGGUUUUAUAUUUUGUAUCAUGCUAAGCGAAAUAGUCAAAAGAUAUCCUUCUGGUAAAAUUUCAAAAUUCGAUACCACCUAGCACCCAACACAAACAAUGUUUCCUUCUUUUGCUUCAUCUUCUUCCUUCGUCAACCUCCUAUCUGUCACUAACACCAUGCAUCAGAGUGUUUGCACAAUACUAAAACAUCUUUCUAGACAAAGGCUGAAACUAUGACACAGCUCAAUAUUUUAAACUUUAGUCCUGAGUGAUAUUGAGUUUCAAUGAUUUAUUGGAACGAUACGUAUCAACCAUUUUGCCCUACAUGGGUCAAGAUUUCAAUCAUCUGUAGGAGAAGGUAGAAGAGAUCGACAUCAACUUGAUAGGGAAUCUAUUGAGGCUAUUUAUAUAAUGAAAUAGGAGAAGGUAGAAGAGAUCGACAUCAACUUGAUAUCAUGUUACGGAGAAAGGUUAGGCUAAUCACCUAGGCAGUCUCUUCCACCUCUGUGUAAUGAACAAAAAUAUUACAACUAGGUCCCUGAUGCUAAUAAUAUUUACAUUUAGGUUCCUAACAAAGUGAAUUGGUGAAUUCAAGUUUAUAUAACUGCCUAUGUUAGCCUACCACUAUGUUAGUAUGUGGCUUUUGGAUGGAUGUGGAAGGAUUAUCAAUCAAUUUGCUCAGAUUAAUUAGAAACUAACAUCAUUGCAUAACUAUUAUCUGCUUGAUGUCUCCUUUUUCCUAACUCAAUUCCUGACCCAGUGGCCAAUCUAAAGAUUCCUGACCUAUGGUUCCCAAUCCCAUCUUCUGAAGUCUCCCAACCUAGGAUUUUCAUCUCGCCAUCUUUUUCCUUAUCAUUUUCAUUGCUUUAAUUCCGUUGAAGAAUUUGAUGCUUUUGAGAACUUCAGUCUUUUCUAAAAUUUUAGAUUAUCUAACCAUUGCUUAAAAACAUCAUGUUUUAAUGACUCCUGUCUUGAAAUAAAUUUUAGAUUAUCUAACCAUUGCUUAAAAACAUCAUGUUUUAAUGACUCCUGUCUUGAAAUUGAACAAAAUUAGGCCUUGAAAACUUGAAACCUCUUUCUUAUGGUAAUCAAAAUCCUACAUAAUCUGAUUUUCCUUCUAAUAUUCCUUAUGCGAGAACAAGGAAAGAAAGAGCAGAGUAGUUAUACAUUAUCAAAAUUUACCUUUUUUGUUUAGGGAUAUGAAAUAUUCUAUUAUUCGUAUUUAUGGGAAGCACAAUUCAGAAAUGUUGUUAUUGUUAAAGGACAUGAUUCUUGACUCUUUUAAGACAACUAACUAUAUUAUGGCUUUUUUCAUGUUUUUUAUUUAUUAUUAUUUUUAAUUCCU